AUGUCAGAUGGUGUCCAAAGAGCUGGUCGUGGCACUGUUGCUCCAGUUUUGUCUCUCUCCGCAGCUGGAAUAGGAGGUGACUCGAUCGAUGGAGUCAGCGUUGCUGUUGGAGGCGGCGGUGGCGAUAACCUCACUGCCGGCGUUGGAAGUGGUGGUCCCCGAUUUGUCCCCCUUGUCUCCUUGCCGGCUGGCUACGUCAACCAAUCCACCAUCACCGCUGCGGCCGUUGCAGCUGCAGCAGCCGCCGCCUCGGCCAAACCCACCAAUGGCGCGCCAUUCGGACAAUCACUGGUGUCCAAGCAGCAGCAACAGCAGACGCAGUCAAUUCAACAGCGAUCCACGCGGCAGAAGGCAGCGGAUCAGCAACAACAACAGCACCAUGUUGAUCCCAACCACACAGAUGCCAACUGUGACUACAUUGUGCGACCUGGAGAGGUUUGGAUGAGCCGCUACUAUAUGGACAGCCUUAUUGGCAAGGGUUCUUUCGGACAGGCAAGUGUC